AUGGAAGAAUAUCAAGACAAAAUAAUGUUAAUGAAAAGAAACUAUGACAGUAGUUUAAAUGCAGUUUGUGAAAGGCACAAAGCAAACGUUGAAAUUUUGCAAAAACAAUUUGAAGAUGACAUGAAGAGUGAAAAAAUAUUUGACUCAGAAAAUUGGUUAUUAUCAUUGAAUAUGAAAGAAUUAAUGGGACUACAUGAACAGAUAACUGUAAUUAUAAACAACAGCUCUGAUGUGAUUCAUAUGGAAAACGAAAAUAAAUGUUUAUAUGAUAAUGCUCAAGAGGAAUUUUAUGCAACACUAAAUGAAGUGGAGAAAAAAUUCCAAAUUCUACCCACAAAUGUACAUGAAGAAGAAUCAAUGUACAAAAGAAUAAUAUCAUCAAUUUCGAAAGAAAGAAAUUCACACAUACAAAAUCAAUGGCAAUUUAUGCCAUUUUUGGGUGAUGCUCAAAAGUAUCAAACUUUACAAACACAAGAUUAUAAAUCAAAUUUGGGACAUAACUUUGGGUACCACAAUGGUGAAGAAAAAUCUCCAGAAUUAGAAAACAAAUCUAAGAAAGACAAACAAAUUGAAAAAGAUUUCACUUUUGAUCAACAAAGAUGGAAUUUUAUUAAUCAGUGUAGUGCAUACCAUAAAUUGAGUAAUAUAUAUGAAUAUACUACAUUUCCUACGAAUUAAUAUUAUUGAAGUCUUUCAAGAUAAAUUUCUUUAAUUUAAAAAAAAAUAUUCGUUCUUUUACUUAAAUAAUAAAUUUGUAAAGAUUUUUUAUAAGAUGUUUAUUCUGAACUUUAACAUUGUAAUGACUUCCUUACUGUAAUUUAUUAUCUUAUAAAUUACGUAAUUAAUGAUAUACAUUUAAGUUAAACACGUAACAAACAUAUAAACACAUAUAAAACUAAACGUUUAAUAUUCAAAUGAGAAGUAAUUGCAAUAAAUUUUUAUAAAAAAUAUAAAAUCUCAUUAUUUGUAAUAAAAAUUUGGUUUAUAUAGAACAAAUGAUUUAAAAAGUACAUUGUAUCUUUUUAGAAACAAAUAUAUUUUUUAAUUUGAAAUUAAACUAUAUGUAAAGAAUAUUUAAAUACUGCAAUAAAGAUUUAUUCUUUGAAGGA